AUGUACAUUCCUUCACCGCCACCAUUGAAUCAAUUCAUCAUCAACAAUCAAAAGACCUAUCGAGCUCACUAUUCAUUACAUAUUCAAGAGUCACCUCCAGUAUCGGGAAAAAAUCAUUUAGUACGAACGGGUCAUAAAUUGGUGAGAUUUGAUGAUGAAUCUGAAUUUGUGAGUAAACGAAUUCAAAUCGCUGCUCAUUUUCAUUCAGGUGUGGAUUGCGGAAAGGGAUCAAUGAUUUUUAUGGAUCAUGAAAAUGCACUCACUCAUACAAAUACUUUGGUACAAUUUGGAGGAGUUCCCGUGAGUGAGAAUAGAUCGAAUAUUUCUUAUGCAUGUGAUGACAUUUGGUAUUUAAUUUUGCCUUCUCAUUAUAAUAACGUCACUUGUCACAUUCAGUGGUGCAAAUUGCAAAUUCCAAAUCAUCCUCAUAAUUCAGAAAAUAAGGCCGAAAAAAGCGACUCUGCAUCUCUUGCAUACUCUAAAAAAUUGCAACGAAUUUUUGUCAUGACCUAUUUCAACAAAAUUCAUACCUUGUGUUUGAAAACAUUGACUUGGGAUAUCAUUCGUAUCAGUCUUCCCUGUAGCUAUGCCAAUUGUUUAUAUAACCAUUUAGAUCUCUAUCUGCUUAUAUCAUAUUGUAGAGGGCAAGAUGAGACUCAUUUCGUUCAAGUCGAUUUUAAUCACAUUGAAAAAUCUUUAAAUGAGAAAUCCACACCAGCAAUGGUCGAAUUCAAAGAGUUGGACUGUACAAUUCACAGAGAGGUCACAAGAGGUAAAUUUCUUGCAGUACCAAACUUCUCAAUUCUCUCUUCAUCUGCGAAGGAUAUCGACACCACAAAAAAUUCAACACAACAAGAUUUCAAUUUUUAUAUAUGCGGAGGAAUUAAUAGCGCAACAUCUAUGGUGAGUGAAAUUGAAUCCAUUUACCGAGUGAAUGCAUGCAAUCAAUCUGAAAUCGCCAAAGAUAUUCAUUUGGAUUCAGAAUUACUGUCUGAUUCAAGGACGAAUCAUUUCAUGACCGUCAUUCCUCAUUCCUCAACACAAGUCUUUGCUUCCAACCAAGAAGAGGAAUUUUCACAUGGCCAUCAUCACGCACUUCUCAUUACGUUUUUUCACAAACCUUCAAAAAGCAUAUUAUUUUACGAAUAUGACAUUACUGCUAAUUACAAUGAUGUGGAAAUUGGAAAUAGUAUUACGUUUGGAUCUCAUUUGUACAAUUACAAAUAUGGAACAUUGAAGAGAUUGGUUCAUAACAAAAUUCCAAUUCAACUUGUCGUUUCGAAUGCAGUCUUGCAAAGUUCAUUGCGACCAUUCCUUCAUUGCUAUGUGAAUGAAAAAGAGGGAAGAAGAAUUGCAGUGUUUGUAGCAAACAAUCGAAUGUUCUAUUUUCUCAACUUGGAUUAUAUGAAUCCAAUCUAUUGCUUUCGUAUGUCAUGUCCAGACUUGAUCAAGUUUUGUGAUAUUACUGUACGAACAAGAGUCAAUUAUUGUGAAAGUACUUGCAAUGACCGUGUCGAGUUGAACGAAAUCCCUAAACAAGCACAAGCUCCUCUUGGACAUACUGAAAAUGGAUCACAAGGAAGAAAAAGAAAGUUUACAAAUAGGAAUGGUCAUUGUGAGUUGCAAUAA